AUGUCAGAUCAGACCAAAAAGUCAAAUUUUCGGAAAAUCCAACAGUUCUCAACCGAUUAUUCGCCUGCUAAUAUAUCCCAAUAUGUUUCUGAGAGGACUGGAAUGAAUAUUGUCGUAGUCGAUAAAAAAGGACCUGAGAUUAGUGGCUACUUUGCACUAGCUACAGAAAUAUUGGAUGAUUCUGGCUCCCCUCAUACCUUGGAACAUUUAAUUUUUAUGGGAUCAAAGAACCAUCCAUACAAGGGCUUACUCGAUCGACUUUCAACAAGAGCCUAUUCAAACACUAAUGCAUGGACCGAUACAGAUCACACUGCAUACACCAUAAAUACUGCCGGAUGGGAAGGAUUGUCCAGAAUACUCCCCAUCUAUCUUGAGCAUAUAGUUUUACCAACAUUAACAGAUGAAGCCUGCUACACUGAAGUGCACCAUGUAGAUGGCGAGGGAAAUGAUGCCGGUGUAGUAUAUUCUGAAAUGCAAGCUAUUCAAAAUACCAGUGACGAAAUUUUAAAUCUACACGCCAGACGGUUACUGUAUCCUGAAAAUGUCGGCUUCCAUUAUGAGACAGGAGGCCUGAUGCAAAAUCUUAGAGUCUUAACUCCCGAGAGAAUACGUUCGUUUCAUCGAGAGAUGUACCAGCCGAAAAAUCUGUGCCUCAUUCUAAUAGGAGAGGUCGAUAUAGAUAAUCUCCUUAAAAUCCUAGAUAAGUUUGAAGAUGGAAUAUUAACAGAAAUCCCUUCACCAGACACAAAAUUUCAUCGACCUUGGGUUGAAUCGAUCCAACCACCACCCAUAGCAAAAACUGUUGUUGAGAAAGUAUAUUUUCCAGAAGAAGAUGAAUCAACUGGGGAAAUAUUAAUUGCCAUGUUCGGUCCCAAUUGUAAUGAUCCAGUAGAUAUGGCUGCAUUAGGAGUUAUUUUAUUUUACCUAGCUGGCUCUUCUUUGUCUAUUUUAGAGAGCACCAUGUUAGAUAAAGAAGCUCUUGCUAGCUCCAUAUCUUAUGACUUCGACCCUAGACCUAACAGUGUAAUCUGGCUUCAGAUUUCAGGGGUCUCGACUGAUAAGCUAGAGUUUGUCGAGAGGAGACUAUUUGAUCUCCUUAGUCAGGUUUCUUCUGAACCAUUAGAUAUGUCGUACUUGAUUGACUGUAUUCACCGACAGAAACGACAUACAAAACUAAAGGCGGAAAGUUCAGUAAGCUUUUUCGCAACUAGAAUCAUCUCCGACUUUCUGUACGGAAAACGAGAUGGAUCAACCUUAAAAAACCUAAGUUCAAUCAAGGAAUACGAAAUUCUUGAACAAUGGUCUGAUGAGGGUUGGCGUGAUUUUUUGUCAAAAUGGAUAUCAAAUGCGGCUCAUAUUUCCCUUCUCGGGACACCUUCUAUCAAGAUGGCAGACGAGCUUGAGGCAGACGAAGAUGAUAGAAUAACUGCUAGAACAAAAUCUCUUGGCCGCAAAGGUCUUAAAAAACUGGCUAAUGACCUAGAGGCGGCAAUAGCGAAGAAUGAUGAGGAGAUACCAUCUACAAUUAUGGAACAAUUUCCAAUUGCUGGAGUCGAAUCUAUUCACUUUUUUCAAAACACAACUGCAAGGUCUGGAUGGGCUAAAAAGCUUGGCGUUUAUUCAAAUGAAAUUCAAGAAGUAGUUAAUUCGCAGUCGAAUCUUCCAUUGUUCAUACAGUUUGAGCAUUUACCCACAAACUUCGUCCACAUCACUCUUCUCUUGGAGACUUCAGCAGUAGCAACAAAUAACUGUCCAUUACUAUCGCUAUUCCUUGACAUAUUCUUCGAGACACCAGUCAUCAAGAAUGGCGAAAAGAUUGAGUUUAAGGAAGUUGUGACAAAGCUGCAUCAGGACACUGUUAGCUACUCGAUUAAUGGAGCAGAAAGUCUCAGUCACAGUGAAGGGCUGGCUAUUCAAAUUCAGACUGAGCCCGAAAAGUAUAGCACAGCAAUUGAAUGGAUUCACACCAUGAUGUUUGAAAGCAUUUUUGAAGAACCAAGGAUAAGUGCAAGGCUCGAUAGGAUCUUGGCUAGCAUUCCAGAGCUAAAGAGAGAUGGUGAUAAUAUGGCUAAUGCCAUCGACGCAGUGAUUCAUUUCGAUAAUAAGUCUAUCGUGAAGGCUAGAAGCACCCUUGUUAGCGCAACCUUCUUGGAAAAAACCAAGGAACUCCUAGCUACUGAUCCAAAAGCUGUGAUUUCUUCCCUUGAGGCUCUUCGUAACGCCUUAUUUACAUUCAAGAACAUGCGGGUCUUGGUCAUUGCCAAUAUGACACAAUUAAAAAAUCCAGUAGAUGCCUGGAAACCUUUGGUAGAAAAGCUAGAUAAAAGUGAAGAGCUAGUUACUAUCGUAAAGCCUUUUCAACGUUUUAGUCCUGAUGGACAAUUUCCAGGCGGUCGGGGAUUGGUCAUUGUACCUAUGCCAACAAUUGACUCAUCUUUUUGUCUUGCUACAGCCAAAGGGCCACGACUUUUAACAGACCCUAUUAUACCCGCCCUCACAGUGACAAUUUCAUUCCUUGAGGCGGUAGAAGGUCCCCUGUGGACAUCUAUACGUGGCAAGGGUCUUGCAUAUGGAACAUCUAUAUUGUUUGAUAAUAACGGCCUUCUACAAUUCAGUGUCUAUCGUUCUCCAGAUGCGUUUCACGCAUUCUCUGCCGCCAAGGAUGUCAUCAAUUCAUUUAUUACAGGAACUACUAAAAUUGAGUCGCAUGCUUUCGAAGGAGCUGUAAGUAGUAUUGUUUCCGACUUAGCGGAGAAACGUGCAACAAUGAUUGAAGCCGCCAAAUCUCACUUCAUAAAUGGAGUUAUUAACGGAGUGGAAGAAGGUUACGAUUUCAAUUUGCUACAAAAAGUGCGUAGUAUAACGCCAGAACAGAUGAAAGCUGUUAUGGAAGACUAUCUCCUUCCCCUUUUCCAGCCGGGAAAGGCUAAUGUUGUUGUGACAUGCGCUCCGCUCCUUAAAAAGGGAAUAAUAAAAGGUUUCAAGGAAAGCGGCUUUAAAGUUCAGACCCAUGAGCUUUCGAGCUUCACCGAGAGCUAUGACUCGGUAGAUGGUAGGAGAAACAGAUGA